UGACCCUCAUCUACGCAAAUUUGACUCGAUUCCCGAAAUGGGACCGAUACCACCCAUUCUAUCAGACUUUGCUUCACGUCUCAAAAGCGCUGACCUCCGCAACAACCUCGAUCAAUACCUCCUUAAUUGUGGAACCCCUUCAUUCCUCACAACACUCAAAAAUCCCUUGAGCCUGCCCGACGUGCCAGAGGGUUCAUCCGAGUUGUACAACCUGUCACUAAUAAAUUCCCUAUAACCAGGUUGGGUGCGCGGAUGUGACUUCCGCGUGAGGGCCUAUCUGAUAGAGUCGUCGGAUCGUUCGGAUUCCAAUAGACAAGCACCUGUGCGAUGACAUAGCAGCCUAAUGACGGCGAGAAAAGUUGCCCGCACGUUGGUCGUGACACCUCGGACACAACAGGAAGCAGCAGGCUAGAGCAUUUAUUCUGAAAAGAGAACGAACGAACUAUGUAUUUUCAUUUGUUUAUGGUCUAUCUAUUCUGCUAGGGCUAAGCUACAAGUAAGCACUGGAUUUCGGUGCUGCAUGAUGAGGCAAUUUGACGACUUCCUGUCUGUAGCAUCUGGUCAUAACUGUGCACAACCUGUUACUUGCCAAGGACUUCGAUAUUCCAGACUUUGAGACUGUAUACGGACACGAUAUGUAUAUUCGAUUUAGACUUGAAUUUGUAUUUUCCAGCUUGUUCCCUCUAA